AUGGCACCAUCCUGUGUGAGAGCCGGCAUGCUGCUUCCAAGGUUGCUGAGGGCGGUGGGGAGACACCAUCGUGCCGGCGGGGUGGCUGCUGUGCAUAGAGCAGCCUGGUGCGGCCUGGGUGCUCCUCCGUACCCUGGUCCCCGCCAGUCUCAUGCUCCGAGACCCCGCACACUAUUUAGCGUCACGCCGCUCUGGCAAGCCGGUAGACCUGGGGGUAGGGGGCGCUGGGGUGGGAGUGAGGACGGGAGCUGCAGCGAGGAGGAGACGGACGGAGAUGAGGAGGAUGAGGACGAGCUGAUAGUGUCUCAUACGCCGCCCCUGCACGGGGCUCAGCACGUACUGCUGCUGCACCCUGACGUGAAGUGGGGACCCAAAAAGCAGCACAGCACCACCGCCGAAUUGCAGGUUGCUGAGGCUGUCAGUCUGGUACAGAGCAUUCCGAAUUGGACGGUGGUAGACAAAUUAAUAAUGUCUACUAAAUCACCUGACAGUAAAUACAUUUUUGGCAAAGGGAAUUUGCAGGUUCUCACAGAGAGGAUUAGAGGUAUGUCUCCGCUCACUGCAGUCUUCUUGAAUGUUGAAAGACUAUCUUCUUUGACUGAGAAAGAGCUGGAAGCAGUAUGGGGAGUGAAAGUUUUUGACAGAUAUACAGUGGUCCUAAAUGUUUUCCGCUACAAUGCUUGCACAAGAGAGGCCAAGCUACAGAUUGCACUAGCUGAGCUUCCACUGCUGAGAUCUAGUAUUAAAAAUGAAACUGCCCACUUGGACCAGCAGGGUGGCGGAUCCAGAUAUAUCAUGGGAUCAGGUGAAACCUUCAUGGAGGUCCAGCAGAGACUCUUAAAAGAAAGAGAAAUAAAGAUAAAGAAGGCUUUGGAGAAAUUGCGGAAGAAGAGAAAGUUGCUUAGGACCCAGCGCACAAGACGGGAGUUUCCAGUUAUCUCUGUGAUGGGUUAUACAAACUGUGGAAAAACAACAUUAGUAAAGGCGCUUACAGGUGAUGCAAACCUUCAGCCCCGUGACCAGCUCUUUGCCACACUUGAUGUCACUGCCCAUGGUGGAUUGCUUCCUUGUCGAAUGCCAGUUAUUUUUGUUGACACGAUUGGAUUUCUGUCUCAGCUGCCUCAUAGCCUGAUUGAGUCCUUUUCUGCCACGCUGGAGGAUGUUAUCCACUCGGACUUAUUAAUUCACGUGAGAGAUAUCAGCCACCCAGAAGCUGUGAAUCAGAAGAAAAGUGUGCUGUCUGCUCUCGCCAAUCUGACCGUCCCACACAAGCUCCUCGACACAAUGAUUGAGGUGCAUAACAAAAUUGACUUAGUUCAAACACAUGAACCGGAUGAGGCAGCUAUACCUGUGUCUGCACUUUUGGGUUACGGCUUGGAUGGCUUGAAACAACACAUAGAGAAAGCAGUGAUGAAAAAUACAGGAAGGAUUAGUAUGACAAUUAGGGUGAACCUGGAAGGUCCCCAAUUAAGCUGGCUGCACAAAGAAGCCUCAGUACAGGAAGUAAUCGUGUUACCAGAAGAUGGCACAGCUGACGUGAUUGUUAUAAUAACCAAUGCUGCUUAUGGAAAAUACACAAAACUGUUUUGUAAAUGAGCACUCACAGUAGGUGUGUUUUAGAUACCAAAACAUUAGGUGCGUGCAGCGUGUUUUGAAGAGUAUAGUAAAUAGCCCAAGAGUCCUUAUCUAGAGGUACUUCCUGCACUAAUCUAAUGAUUGAGGGGGUGUAAAGUGGCUCUACCUACCACUGCUGGAUUAUAUGGAAAGCUGCCACACACUCCUGGAAAGAGACUCGCCAAUGAAUCAAUGACAGAAAAAUAUAUUCUUAUAUUGUCCUACACCAAAUAAACUAUUUUCUUGUAAUGACAA